AUGACCCCCGACAUCGCCCUGUUUCAGUACGGCUACCUCCUGCCUGCAGAGGAUCCCAGGGCGCCGCUGCCCCUCAGCAGAGUGGACGAGGCGGGGUUUGACCCGGAGGCUGACCUGGCGGGGCCGGGCGUGCUGGCGCCCCCCAGGCCUCUGUUGACAGCCGCCACGGUGUCCCUCGAGCACCUGCGCUCGGAGCAGCAGCGCGUGCAGGCCCUGGCACAGGCGCUGGCCGAGGGGCGGCCGGCGGCCGAGGCUGCGCGGCCGGCUGCAACGGACCCGACAGUUGGCGAUGCCGAAAGCGGCGGCGGCCGCGGCGCAGCGCCAGAGGCGAUAAGCGAGCCCACAGCAAACCGGCUGCUGCGGCGCCUGUGCGUCCAGGACACUUGUGCGCAGGCCACCUCCAGCAAUCUCAUCGCUUUUGCGCAGACCAGCCAGGCGCUGCAGGCCCUGCUGACGGUGCACAAGGUGGCGGACGCGUUCAUGACGGAGGGGCGCAUGACCGCCCUGAUCGACACACUCGAGGCGCUUGGCGGCGGCCGCGGCGACAGUUUGUCUCAGGAGACGCGGGAGACGCUGCAAAUCGCCGGCACCAACUUUCUGUUGGCUGCUUGCGCCACGAACCAGCGCUUUGACAGGCCUGUCAGCAACGGCGGCGGCGGCGGCGGCAUCGCGAAAGGCGGCGCGGCGCUCCCUGUCGACCCCGCGCUGCAGGCCCUGGCAGGGGUGGUGGCGCGGCCGGCCGCCGUGCAUGCGCUGCUGCGGGCGGCGCGCGAGCAGCUGGAGGCUGGCCGUCACGAAUGGGACCCUCUCAUGGCGCUUGGGCAGGCGCAGACCGCCGCAGUGCGCCUGACGAAUACUGCCGCUUUUUCGACCGUCUCCUGCGCACCCGCUGCCGCCUUCAUGGACGACUGGCCGACAGCGAUCAACGUGUAUCCCGCCGCGCGCAUGGCCUGGGACGGUCCCGAAUCAGGCUGGCUAUGUCAGGUGCUGCCGCGCCUAGUGGAGCUGCGGCUGGGGCCGCUGCCAGUGUGCUCGCCGAUGGGAGCCAGUAAGGCGGCACGGCGGCAGGUCGACGCGCUUGAUUCCGCAUAUCAGUUGUGCGACGACGCCGACGGCUUGAUCGAGACUCUGUCGCAGGACGCGGCAGCGAUGGGCGCGGUGGCUGGGUGCAUGCUGCCAGGUCGCGACGCGAGCGUCGUCAGGUCAGCAGUCAGCCUCCUCAGCAGAGCGCUGGAGGCGUGGCCUUGGGGCGACGAGGGCGCCAGCGAGGCGCUCGCCGCCUGCUGCAAACCCGAUUCACUCCAGGCGCUGCUGCGGCUCGCCGCCAUCCGCAGUGGCAGCGCCAGCCGCAACAGCGCCGUCAGCAACGGCCUGAGGGCAUCAGCAGCGCAGGUUCUGGCAGCCAUCGCCACACACGAGGCGCUCGCGGGGCAGCCGUCCAGCAUCGCUGCGGCGCCUGGGGCCGCAGCGGUGUUUGUGUCGAGCUUGCGCAGCUGGCUGGCAGAGGGAUGCAGGCAAGCCCUGUUGAAGGAUAUGCCCACAGUGCAGGAGAUCUGCACCAUUCUGAUGUGCACCGUCGCUGAGGACAGCACCGGGGGCAGCGCAUGGGCCGCCACCCUCGGACGUCUGGGCGCGCCGCAGCUGCUUCAGCGUGCAGUGGCCCUGAGGAACGCAAGCGCGUGGGCGGCUGUGUGGUCGGCGCCAAUAGCAGCAGCACUGUUUGCGGUCGCAUGCGCUGCGCACGCAACAGAUCAGCUGCGGCAACCUGGUGGGCAGGCGGGCAUUGACGACGAGGUUGAGGCGGCGGAGCAGACUCGGGCCGCCGUAGAAGCCCUGGCAGACGCGGGCCGGCAGGCGGUAUCCCCCCUGCGCUUCUUGGCGGCGCUGCGUCCUGGCUGGCGGCCCCGGCUGAUCCAGGCGCCAGGCAUACUGGAGCUGCUGUCGGCCGCGGCGGCCGCCCCAGACCAGGAAGAAUGCAAACAUGCACUCCAAACCCUGUGCCUGCUGGCUUCGGGCGCGGCGCCAGUUGAGCACCUGCCUGGCUUCGCGCAGGAUGUACUGGAGCAGUGUGACGAGUGGCUGAUAGACGCUUAUGAUGAACCUGAUUUGCCGCAGGACUGUGGCCAGGCGGCGGUGGAGGAGGUGCUGGGGUGCCUUGCAGGCUGUCAUGAGGCAGGCGGCAGUGUGGGUGAGCGCGCUGCCCUGGCUCUUGCCCAGCUGAGGGCCGGCGAGCUUCGAUUGGUGCAGCCGUCUUCGCAGAAGCAACAACAACAGCAGCAGCAGCAGCAGCAGCAGCAGCAGCAGCGGCAGCUCCCGGAGCAGGCACAGCAGCAGCAGCAGCAGGAGCAGCAGCAGGAGUACCAGGAGCAGCAGCAGCAGCAGAAAAAUCAGCAGCAGCACCAGGAGCAGCAGCAGCAGCAGCGAGAGCAGGAGCAGCGCAACCAGACGCAGGAGAAGCAGCAGCAGCAGUCGCGUCAGCAGCAGCAGCAGCAGCAGCAGCAGCAGCAGCAGCAGCAGCAGCAAACAGAGCAGCGACAGCAGCGGCACAAACCUCAGGUUGACAUGGAGCAGCGGCGAGACCAGCGCAACCAGCAGGGCCAGCCAGAGCCGGGCACACAGCGCAAUGCCAGCCCAGGAGCAGCAGCUGCCCGCGGCGCAGCAGCACAGUCGGGCAGCAUGCGCCAGCGCCGCGGAUGCGCCGUUUGCGGCAAGACGGCACGCGAGGGCGCCGAGCUGCGGCGCUGCGCGGGCUGCGGGCGCGUCACUGGAACGCGGUACUGCAGCCAGGAGUGCUGCAGGAUGGACUGGGUGGUGCGGGGCCACCGCGCGGUGAUAGGGAUCGUCGGCGCCGGGCAGAUGGGCUCCGGCAUCGCGCAAGUGUGCGCUACGAAAGGGCUCGACGUGGUCAUUUCCGAUCAUUCUGCAGAGCUGCUCGAGCGCGGCAUCGGAUCCAUCAAGAAGCAGCUGAAGCGGCUGGUCAGGAAAGGGGAGAUGGCGGAGGGGGUCGCGGCAGAGAUAGAGGGGCGGGUGCGGCCAGAGAAGAACCUGGAGGCGAUGAAGAACGUCGACUUUGUCAUAGAGGCGGUGACUGAGAAUGAGGAAGUCAAGAAGGCCAUCUUCACCAGGCUGGACAAGAUGACCCCCAUCCACACAAUCCUGGCCUCAAACACCAGCAGCAUAUCCAUCACAAAACUCGGGGCCGUCACCAACAAGCCACACAGAGUGAUCGGCAUGCACUUCAUGAACCCCGUGCCCGUGAUGCAGCUGGUGGAGGUGGCGCGCGGCGUGCACACCAGCCAGCAGACGUUUGAGAGCUGCAAGGGCCUGGCGGAGUUCCUGGGGAAGCAGGGUUUUCUUGUGAACCGGGUGCUGAUCCCCAUGAUAAACGAGGCCUUCUUCUGCCUCAUGGAGGGCGUGGGCACCGCGGAGGACAUAGACAAGGGCAUGCGGCUGGGCACCAACCAGCCCAUGGGGCCGCUGCGGCUGGCGGACUUCAUAGGCCUGGACACGUGCCUGUCCAUCAUGAAGGUCCUGCACAACGGCAUCGGCGACAGCAAGUACCGCCCCUGCCCCCUGCUGCAGCAGUACGUCGACGCCAACUGGCUGGGCCAGAAGGUGGGACGUGGCAUCUACCAGUAUGACACCGAAAAGCAGCAGGAGGCAAAGAACUGA